AUGAAGGAUGUAUAUCGUGCAAGAAAAGAAAUAAUCGCACAAGAUACAAAGAUUUUAGAAGAAACCAUUGCUCCGGAAUAUGGAAAUGUCAUACAGCAACUUGAGGAGUGGAUCAAAAUUUUGCCCAACAGUAACUCAAUUCUGAAAUCACAGAUACAGUCAAGAGGCAAGAAAUUGUGCGAAUCAGUCCAGAAAGUUGUCGGAGAGUUCAUUAAUAAAAUUGACAGUGUGAAACAAAAGAAUCUUGACGAGUUGAAGGAAAGCUUAAAAACGUUCAGAAACAAUCUAGACACCGUUCGUCAGACGAUUCAAGAAAAUACUGCUCUGUUACUAUCAUGGGACUCUAAUCUCCUUCACUAUCGCUCAACCGUUCAGCAAUACAGGAGUGUACCCCCUCUUCAUAUCUCCGACAUCGCAUUCGUCCCAAACAAUACUGAGGAGUGGAUGAUCUCCAAAAUAUUCGGGGAUCUCAGUUUUUCAAGAGAUGUACGCUUCGAUAUGAAUGUGUCCACAGAAAUCGGUCAGUCUCUGCAGCGAUUAUCCAUGAAAGAAAUCUCGAAAAACCUAGAGAUUGUUGCUGAUAUUUCAACAGGAUGUAACUCGCUUUAUGACAUCGCUUGUCUUGGCAGAACUCAAGCAUGGGUGAAUGGUGAGGGCGUGAUGACGCGAUUUGACGUAAAAGGAAAUAUUUUUGAUAAAAUCAACACAGCAAAUAAUUUACCUGCUCGUGGCCUGACGGUCAUCAACGAUGAAGAAUUACUGUACUCCGAUUCUGAGGAGAACACAAUAUACUUGGUAAAGCACGGGAAACCCAGAGCUAUGAUAAAAACACAGUGGAUACCCUCCGGAAUGUGUUUCAGUGCGACUGGCAAUGUUCUAGCGAUUACCUGCUUAAGAAGUGAAAGAAUAUUUCAAAUCGAGGUAUUUGAUGGAAAGAGCGGAAGGGCUGUAAGAAAAUUUAACUUGUUGCAGUUGCAGGGUGGUCGUUUUUUAUCCUUGUAUUUGGCAGAAAACAUAAAUGGCGAUUUAUGCAUUGCAGACUUAAACGCUAAAGCCGUGGUAAUUUUCACCCAAGAUGGUCGUCUUCGAAGUCGAUACGGUGGAGCUGAAAACUUUUGCCACAAAUUUGAUCCGCAAUACGUCGCAACAGACAUAAAUGGUAAUAUCCUCGUGUCUGAUAAGGGAAAUAACUGCGUUCACGUCCUUAACAUGGAUGGGGAAUUGCUUUCAGUCCUUCAACACCCUGAGUUAGAGGAUCCUCGAGGGAUAAGCAUUGACAAUGAAAACAAAUUAUGGUUGGUAGCAAAGUCAGGAAGGGUAAAAGUGAUCAAGUACAUGAAAUAA